AUGUUCACCACACCACCACCGGAAACCACCAUGAACCAACGUGCCACCACCGGAAUUUCAUCAUUACCUACCGAUAUACUAGAGUCCCACAUACUAACUCGUCUCGACGGUCAAACCUUAGCUUCCGCCACAUGCACCUCCAUAUCACUCUCCGCCGGCGGCAAUCACAACCACCAACUCUGGUCCAACGUCUGCCACUCCACAUGGCCUUCAACCACCGGCAACCGCGUCGGCAAAAUCAUCUCCACUUUCUCCGAUAACAAAAACGGCCCUCGCUCUUUCUUCUCCCAGUCUUUCCCUCUACCUGCACCGGAACCCACCGCCGUAUCUCCGCCACCAUAUCCAACACGUUCACUUCCGGCAAGUGAAUUAAUCUCAGCCGUUGAUAUUUACUACCGGAAUAAACCAAUACUCACAAAAACUGAGGAAACCGAAACCACCAGUGAUUGGUUCAGGUGUUCGCCGUUCAGAAUCGACCUAUUGGACCCGAAGGAAGUAAUCUCUACUCAGAUACAACAACCAACCGGAGAAGAGACGUGUACGGCGUUGAUGGAUGACAUGACGUUAAGCUGGAUACUCAUCGACCCGGUUAAUAAACAGUCGGUGAAUCUCUCCUCCCAUAAGCCGGUUUCCGUCCACCGCCACUGGUUGUCGGGAGAAGUGCAACUCUGUUUCGUAUCCAUCCUCGGAGUCGGUGGGGCGGUGGUGCAAGUUGGGAUAGCGGUGAUCUGCAGUGGGUCGGAGGAUGGGGAGAUGCAGGUUCGGGAAGUGACGAUGGAGGUGGAGGACAUGGAUGGAAAACAUUUGAAUGGCAGGGACAGUAUGGUAAUUUUACGGAGGGUGAUGGAGGGUAAAAGGGGAAGUGGGUUGGAUAGAGUGGAGGAAGCAAGAAUGAGACACAGGAGGGUUUUACGUUGGAGAGUGAUUUGCCGGACAUCAACGCUUAAGGUUUUACGACGAAAGACAUCGUUUAUAAGGCAUUACUUAAGAUGA